CAAGAAGAUUGUGCACAUGUUCGAUCACACAACUCGCCGAAACAAACUCAUGUCAAGUAGCUAUAGAAGUCGUCUUAUCAACACAAAAACAAUCUAAUGAGAAAAAGAGAUGCAAUGUUCAGGCAG